CAUAAAUAGUUCUAUAUCUACUGACGAUUGAAUUAACUUCAGCACAUAUAGGCCAACACUUAGAUGAGAAUGUUACUCAUGCAGGCAAUGUCAAUGGUGCCAUGGAAGAGAACAGAAAUGGAGGAUAUGAUGGUGGGCGAGGUUAUGGAGCCAGACAUCGAGGUCGUGGGAGGGGUCGUGGUUUCCGAGGGCAUGCGAGAGGGUAUGGUGGUGGAAAUAUGCAACAAGACUCGGGAUAUUACAACGGUAAUGACCCAUCAGGACCAUUGCCUUCCCAGGGUCGUGGUCUUGGACGAGGACGGGGAAGGGGACGGGGACGGGGAUGGGGAAGCGGUCCUGCUCAGGGUUUCGUAUCUGAUGGUCCAUUCCAGAAAGGUGCUUGAGCUACAAGCACCAUCCUAUAUCCUUCCGCAGAACUAUGGCUUUAGAUUGAAACAAAACCAGUGGAUGGCUGCUCUAUUCAUCGCCAGUCUUUGUUUUAAACAACAAAAAAGUCAUUUAGACAUUAUUUUAAGGUUUUGUUUGCGUGAGAGAUUGUGCUGUAAGGGACCUUAUAAUGUUGGUUUUCAUUCUAGGCCGCAAUUUUUGUAGGAAAGUUGAUAGGAUAGUUCAUCUCGCUCAACCAAUGUUGUAUAAUUUUUCAGCUUUACUUUCUCCAAAUAAUAGAGCAGUACAUUUAUUCUUCCAAA